AUGUCCAAGUACCUUGAUACGGUGACCUUCUCCGAAGUAGCUGUGACCUUCUCCCCAGAAGAGUGGCUGUGCCUGGAUGCUUCUCAGAGGAAGCUCUACAGAGAUGUGAUGCUGGAGAUCUACCAGCACCUUAGGUCUAUAGAAUGCAGUUCACCAGUUCAGGAUUUGGGCUUUCUGCAAUUUACUUUUGGGACAGGAUCUCCAAAGAGGAGUGAAGAUUUGCAAGUUAAGUUUUGCAAGGGAAUCAGCCAAUCACAGUGGGAAAGGGUUGAUCCUGGGCUGUUGAACAACUUCUUGAGAGAAGUAUCCUGCCAGCAUUCUGAUGGGAGUGAGGAUUCAUGGGGCAUCUGUUCAGGAGGAGGCCAGGAUGAAGAGAGUGUUCUCUCUGUGGAUUGCAAGUUUACUGGGCACAGCACCUCUACAUCUUAUCCAUCCAGUUCCUGUAUAAGGAUCACCUCGUUGGGCCCAUCCUGGACUGAGCAAAUAAUGUUUCCUGGAAUCCCCUCACAUCGACAGUCGUUCAAGCACAUUUCCUGUGGAGUGGAGGGUCCAGAGUGUAAGCAUUGUGGGGGGGUCUUCCCAUGUGCUUGGCAUUCUGAUUUGUCAUCAGACACCCUCAGCGUACGGAAUCCCACUGACGGUCAGCGAAGUGAACAUGCUCUUUGUCAACCUUCUCACCCAAGUGACCCUAAGGUGGUCUGUAUGCAAAAGAAAUGUCAGACACGUUCUGCAGGUAGCAAGGACUCUAACCCCUCAGUCUUUACUACAUCCAAAAAAAUUCAUAUAGGAGAAAAGCGUUAUACGUGUCAGGAGUGUGGGAAGGCCUUUAUUUACUUCUCAUACCUUAAAAACCACAGGUUUGUUCAUACUGGAGAGAAGCCUUAUUCAUGUCAGGACUGUGGGAAGGCCUUUGUUAGCUCCUCAAAGCUUUCUGCCCACAUGAUUAUUCAUAGUGAAAAAAAGCCUUAUACAUGUCAGGAGUGUGGGAAGGGCUUCAGUCAACCCUAUUAUCUUUCUCAGCACAAGAAUAUUCAUACAGGAGAGAAGCCAUAUUCAUGUCAGGAAUGCGGAAGGGCCUUCGCUCAUUGUUCGGGCCUUGCUAACCACUUGACUAUUCAUACUGGACAGAAGCGUUAUAUAUGUCAGGAUUGUGGGAAGGCCUUCAGUCAAAGUGGACACCUUUCUAGGCACAAGUAUAUUCAUACAGGAGAGAAACCUUAUCCAUGUCAGAAAUGUGAGAAAGCGUUUUCAUCAUCAUCACACCUUAAUACACACAUGAUUGUUCAUACUGGAGAGAAGCGUUAUUCAUGUCAGGACUGUGGGAAGGCCUUCGCUCGAUCCUCGUCCCUUUCUGUGCACAUGAACAUCCAUACAGGAGAGAAACCAUAUUCAUGUCAGGACUGUGGGAAGGCCUUUGCUCGACCCUCAUCCCUUUCUGAACACAGGAAAAUCCAUACAGGAGAGAAGCCUUAUUCAUGUCAGGAAUGUGGGAAGGCCUUCAUUCGAUAUGCAGGCCUUACUAGCCAUUUGUAUAUUCAUACUGGUGAGAAGCCUUAUGCAUGUCAGGACUGUGGGAAGGCCUUUUCUCAUGCCUCAAAUCUUUCAUCACACAAGAAAAUUCACACAAGAGAAAAACCUUAUAUACGUCGCAAAUGUGAGAAGGCCUUAGCUCGAACCAGAAUGCUUUCUUUACACAAGAAAGUUCAUACAGAAGAGAAACCUUAAACAUGUGAGGAGUGUGGGAAGGCUUUUGUUUAUUAUUCAGGCCUGAGUUACCAUGAGAAAAUUCAUUCUAGAGAAGCACAUGAGGUGUGUAAGGAGUGCAGUAGAAAGGCUCUUACUCUUACUCCUUUUUCAAGCCUUUUCCUAAGUAAAAAUAUUAUAGAGUCUGAAUAAUGCAAAAUGGUUGGCAUUAGCCAUACCCUACUGGCCUGCGUUUGAUCUCUUGACAUUUGUAGGGUCGCUCUAAUAUGGCAGUAGGAAUUUCUGAGUGCAUAGCCAGGAGUAAUCUUUGAACAUCACAAGUGUGAUUCCCCCCAGAAAAUAUUUGCACAGGAAAAUGUAUAUUUGGGGUGGAGUGGUAGCACAGCUGUUUGGGCAUUUGCCUUGCAAUUAACCAACACAAGUUCAAUGCCCACCAUCCUAUUAUAUUACAAGUCUGCCAGGAGUAAAAGCUGGAGCAAUAGCACAGUGAUAGGGAGUUUGCAUUGCAUGUGGCCUACCUGGUACGGACAUAAGUACAAUCCCCGGCAUCCCAUAUGGUCUCCUGAACCUGCCAGGAGGGAUUUCUGAUUGCAGAGCCAGAAAUAAUCUGGCAGAGGACUGUCCGGUGUGGCCCCAAAGAAUAUA